AUGUCUCUAGUCUUCGGAACUUGUGCUAAAUCAGGAAAUGAAAAUAUUGAUGCACGUUUCUCCAAGACAUAUGAACAAAUUGAAUUGUUACUGUCUCAAGCAAAACCUCAACCAAUAUCAUUAUGUGCAAAGGCUGCUGCUAUCGAAGCUUAUGAUCAUUUAAGAUGUCAUCAUUAUAUUCCUGAAGCAGAACAGUUAGUUAAUUUAUUAGCCAGACCACAUAUUAAAUCGUUAUUACUUUGUCAUGAUGGAAUAGCGAAUAAAGCUUAUGGACCAGUUCUACCACAGAUAUCAUCAGAAGUAGAUGAAGAUGAUAUAAGCGUGAAGAUUGUAAAUUUAAUCAAGAAUCAUGAACCACUUGGAGUUACAAUUAAAAUUAAUGAAAGAAAUGGAGCUGUCCUAGUUGCACGUGUUAUGCACGGUGGAGCUGCUGAUCGUACAGAUGCUAUUGAUGUCGGGGAUGAAAUCCAAGAGAUUAAUGGUAUUACCGUACAUGGGCGAGACCCUAUGGAAGUGAUACGAAUGUUGACAACGAUAUCUGGCGAUGUGAAGUUGAAACUGAUUCCAUCUAUUACAAAAAAACAACAAGCAGAAAAAAAUCAAGUACAUGUUCGAGCUUUAUUCUCAUACAGUCCAAGCUCAGAUUCACUAACUCCAUGUCCAGAAGCUGGUCUGGCAUUUUUAAAAGGUGAAAUUCUGCGUAUAGUCAAUUCAGAAGAUCCGAAUUGGUGGCAAGCUGUAAAAGUUGAAUUUCCACUUAGUGGGAUUGUUCCAUUUGUACUGGGUAAUAAUUUAACGCAACCAAGUUUAGGUAGAGCUGGUCUAAUACCAAGUAAAAUGAUGCGAGAAUGGAAAAUGCAGUAUCACUUUAAUUCAUUGCAUACAAACGGCGGACAAGAUACACAAAUUCAUGAUUCUCUUUCAUAUGAAGAAGUAGAACGUUAUUUUCCUGAAGAAGGUUGUUAUCGGCCAAUUGUUUUAGUAGGACCAAGUGGUGUAGGAAAGUCCGAAUUAAUUCGUCAAUUAAUUAGUACAGAUCCUGAACAUUUUCGAGAACCAAUCAGAAUAACCACACAAGAACCAAAAUCUGAAGAAGUUCAUGGUGUCGAUUAUUUAUUUGUAACUAAAGACGAAUUCAAUACAUUCAUGGAUGCUGAUUGCCUUAUAGAUCCUUGUGAGACGUCAAAAAAUUGUAUGACAGGAUUAUGUUUAGAUGCAGUAUUAGAAAUUAUUCAAGCUGGUCAAGUGGCAAUUUUUGAAGCAGAUUAUCGUGUAGGUUUUUAUUUGCAAUAA